UGAUUUCUCAGCACCUAAAAUUCAUUCACAAUUCCUCUCAAAUAUUUCUCAACAAUUCUCACACAAAAACUAAAAUAAUAAUGAUGUCCACAAAGAGUAGUGAUCAAGUAGCAGCAAGAAGAGAAUUUGAUGAAACAAAAUUAGGAGUUAAGGGACUUGUUGAUGCUGGUGUUACAACCAUUCCCUCCAUCUUCAUUAACCCAAAAAAACCUCAAACAACCAAAACAACUGACUGUGAUGGCCAGUUUAAUUUUCCAAUUAUUAAUCUUCGCGCUAGCGAAGAUGAUAUAGAUCAUCGGAAGAAGGUUGUUGAGGAGAUUCGAGAAGCGUCGGAGAAAUGGGGUUUUUUCCAAGUGAUAAAUCAUGGUAUUUCAGACAUGGUUUUGGAAGAGACAUUGAAAGGAGUGAAAGAGUUUUUUGAGCUAGAUAAUGAAGUGAAGAAAGGUUACUAUUCAAGAGACUUUGGUAAUGAUAAGUUCGCUUAUCAUAGCAAUGCCGAUCUUUAUACUUCACCUGUAGUUAACUGGAAGGACAGUUUUUUUUGUUAUAUGUCUCCUAAUCCUCCUAAUCCGGAUGAAUUGCCUCCUCCUUGCAGGGAGAUAUUAAUAGAGUAUUCAAAGCAUGUGAAGAAGGUGGGGAAAACGUUGUCCGACCUACUAUCAGAGGCACUAGGAUUGCAAGACUCUUAUUUGGAUUGUCCUGAUGGACUAAUUGUUUUAGGUCAUUAUUAUCCACCUUGUCCAAAACCCGAAUUAACAAUCGGUACCCCAGAACAUGCUGAUGGUUCCUACAUAACUAUUUUGUUGCAAGAUCAAGUUGGUGGUCUCCAAGUUCUUCAUCAAAACUGCUGGGUUAAUGUUCCUUAUACUCCCGGGGCUAUAGUCGUUAAUAUCGGGAAUGCUUUACAGAUGUUGUCAAACGACAAGUUCAAAAGUGUGGAACAUAGAGUGCUUUCUAAGAAUGUAGGGCCAAGAAUAUCCAUCGCAUCCUUUUUCAGCACAUAUUAUCUAGAUAGAACAACAAAGUUCGGACCUGUCAAGGAAUUAUUAUCUGAUGAGAAUCCUCCAAAAUAUCGUGAGAUCACAUUGAAAGAGUGGGAUUAUGUCUACUCCAUGAAAAAAGGACUUGAUGAAACCUAUAACCUCAAUUAUUUCAAGAUUUGAUUUGAAUUGAAGUUCAUGUAUGUCUUACAAGGAGGUAAACAUCAAGUAUUUUGGUCAAAUAAGGGGCCGUGGUGGUUCCAACUUGUUUAAGUUUAUUUUGGAAAUUUAUUGUGGUGUUAUGUUUCAUUUUAAAGUUAUUGUGUAGUUUGUAUUCAUCAUUUUCGUUAAUGGCAAUCGAACUUUCGGGA